ACAUGCCGAUUAAAUUAGGGGUUUUAAGCUGAAUCGUGGAUGGGUCAGAAGAAGAAAACCUCCGCUCGUUCCAAACAAUCGCCGUCUUCUGCGGCGGUGACGACGGUGGCAGUGACAGAGGUGGAGCCGUCUGAGAUUCCCGCUUGUAGCUUCAACGAGGGGGGUUUUUCUGGACCAGACGCUAAUGUUGAGCCGUUGGAUUCAGCUGUCGUCAAGCUAGAAUGCGAGAAGGCACUGAAGUCGUUUGGACGGGGGAGCUAUAACAAGGCGAUUCGUCUCAUCAAGGAUUCGUGCUCUCGCCAUCAAGACUCUGCCCUAAUCCACCGUGUUCAGGGAACUAUCUGCGUUAAGGUUGCUGCUGUGUAUGAGGAUCUAGCUACGAAACAGAAGUAUCUGCGAAAUGCAAUUGAAUCUGCUAGAAAAGCUGUGGAGUUGUCUCCAAAUUCAAUUGAGUUUGGGCAUUUUUAUGCCAACUUGCUUUAUGAGGCUGCCAACGAUGGGAAGAGAGAGUACGAGGAGGUCGUGCAAGAGUGCCAUCGUGCUCUCUCCAUCGAAUAUCCGAUUGAUCCUGCUAGAGAGAGUCUUCAGGAUGAGACUCAGCUGAAGAUAUUGACACCUGAGGCUCGUAUUGCACAUUUCCAGGAUGAGCUCAGGUCACUGAUACAGAAGUCUAACAUUUAUUCAUUGUCCACUUGGAUGCAGAACUUGGGAAAUGGUGAAGAGAAAUUUAGGUUGAUCCCUCUUAGGAGAAUGGCCGAGGAUCCUAUUGAGAGUAACUUGAUUCAGAACAGGAGGCCGAAUGAGAUUAAAAAAGCUACCAAGACUCUUGAAGAGAGGAGGAAGGAGGUUGAAGUGAGGGUAGCUGCACAUAGGUUGUUGCAGCAGAAGUCUGAGUCUUCCCCAUCGGAGAAUGUAGAAGCUGUUAACAACAAGGGAUCAGAUCCAACAUUAGGCGCGGGGCCAAGAAGUGGGGAGAGAAGAAAGCAUGGAAAUGCAAGGAAAAACGGCUCCACAGCGGAUAGAAGGGAUCGGGUUAGGUCAUACUGGGAUUCUUUGAGCAAAGAAAUGAAGAAAGAAUUCCUAAGAGUUAGGUUCAGUGAUCUUAAGAGUCACUUUAGUGCUUCAAAGGAUGGGCAAGCAUAUGAGAUUCUUAGCGAGGCACUGUCAUUUUGUGAGGCCAAUAAGACUUGGAGGUUCUGGGCUUGCUGCCGGUGUAGUGAAAACUUCAUAGAGCCUGAGGCUCAUAUGCAUCAUAUUGUGCAGGAGCACAUGGGUAACGUGUUACCUAAGAUGCAAAUGGUUUUGCCUCAAAUUGUCGACACUGAAAGGAUUGAUAUGCUUUUUAAUUCCCCAUGGAAACCAUUGGAUCUCUCUGCUGUGGUGAAUUUGCUUCGCAGUCAGCAGAAAAUCCAAAAUUCUGAGUUUAAUGAAUUUCACUCUGGAGAUAAUAUGGAUGACGAUGACGAUUGCUUCAAGGAUGCAUGGAAUGAUACUACACCAGAGAAAGAAAACCUUGGAGAUGCUUGCAACGGUUGGAAUGAGAAUGAAUCUGAAGAAGGUAAGCUGUCGAUCGCGUUUCCUCCUCCUGAUGGAUGGCCUAUAUCUGAUGAUCCUGAACGUGCAAAGCUCCUUGAAAAAAUCCGUGCAGCCUUUGAGCUGCUUAUUAGACACAAAUAUUUAGCUGCCAGCCAUCAUGAUAAGGUGAUUCAAUUUACGGUGGAUGAACUCCAGAAUCUACCCUCGGUUUCGCAAUUCUUAAACCGUGGCUUGAACAAGUCACCCUUAUGCAUCUGCUUUUUGGGAGCUUCCCAUCUCAAGAAAAUUCUCAAAUUCCUGCAGGACUUGUCUCAGGCCUGUGGAUUGAGUCGAUAUUCCGAACAAAGUAACCCCAACGAUGAAAUUAAUUUUGGUGACCUGGGUCGUGAAGUUACAGAGGAGAUUCUUCUUGAUGGUGAAGAUUCAUGUCUUCUUUUGGAUGAAAAAUUGCUUGGAACUGAGUGCAUCCAAGAGAAAUAUAUGGGCUCAGCACUUAAUAAUGCUUAUGGAAAUGAUGUGUCUGCUGGUGCGGAUGGAUUUCUUUCAUGGAUCUUCGCAGGACCCUCUAGCGGGGAACAAGUUGUGUCAUGGAUGUGCACAAAGGAAGAGAAAACAAAUCAAGGACUGGAGAUCAUGCAGCAUCUUGAGAAGGAGUUCUAUCACUUACAGAACCUCUGCGAGAGAAAAUGCGAGCACUUAAGCUACGAGGGAGCUCUGCAGACUGUUGAGGACCUUUGUCUUGAAGAAGGCCGGAAGAGGGAGACUUCAGCAGAGUUUACCCAUGAAAGCUAUGAAUCUGUGUUGAGGAAACGAAGAGAUGACCUAAAUGGGAAUGACCAUGAGUUGGUGUUUAUCAGUAGUAGGUUUGAGUUAGAUGCUAUAACAAAUGUUUUGAAAGAUGCUGAAACCCUUAACCACAAUCAAUUUGGAUAUGAAGAAUCAUAUGGCUGCACGAGUUCUCAGCUUCGUGAUCUGGAAUCUGGUGAAGCUGAUGAAUGGGGGAUGAAGGAUUCCUUACAUGAGGCUGACAGUUUCAUAGAGAUUGCGAUCCAGAAACAAAAAGAGCAGUUGUCUGCAGAGCUUAGCAAAAUCGACGCUCAAAUGAUGCGGAAUGUCACUGGGAUGCAGCAAUUAGAGCUAAAGCUUGGACCAGUUUCCUUCAACGAUUAUCAGAUAGUAUUGUUACCUUUGGUGAAGUCCUACAUGCGGGCACAUUUGGAGGCGUUAGCAGAGAAAGAUGCCACUGAGAAGUCUGAUGCUGCAAGAGAAGCGUUACUUGUUGAGCUCGCUCUUGAUUCUAAGAAGGAGGCUCGAGGAAGAAAUGAUAAUUCAAAAAACACGCUGGAAAAGUCCAAGGACAAGAAAAAGAUUAAAGACACUAGGAAACUGAAGGAUUUGAAGGCAACUAUUGGAAACGACCAUCGCUUCAAUGCUGAUUCUGUUGAACACAGCCCCCUUCCGGUUGCAUCUGUCGGUGAUUAUUCAGAGGCUGAUGUUGUUUCUGAAGCUGUUGAAGCUAUAAAAGAACAAGAAGAGGAAUAUAAACGCCAAAGAGAGCUAGAGGAGGAGGAGAGAAAACUUGAAAAAACUCUAGAGUAUCAGAGAAGAAUUGAGGAUGAAGCUAAGGAGAAGCACAUGGCAGAACAACAAAAGAAAUACAGCUCUUCAGUUCCCAUGAAUGUUGCAAAAGCAGUGUAUAAUGCAUGCACAGAUAAUGUAGUUGAUUAUUUAGAUUUACAAGGACAUGGAAAAUCCAUAAAUCAGGAGAAAAGGAAUGGACGACUUGACGACCUGGAAGGAGCCAGAGUGAAUACAAAUGGAGUUUUCCCGUCAACAAAUUAUUCUGUGAUAUCUGAUAGUGCAAAGGUGCAGGAUGUAAAAUCCCAAAAAGUAGUGCCUAAUGGCACAGCUAUGCAAGCUGGUAUGUUCCAAUCUGAUCCACCAACUGGGAGGAGAGGUAGACGCCAAAAAGCUUCAAACAAGUUAGUUGAUGGAAAAUAUCCGGUCACACCUCCUGAGACCGAAAAUACUAAAUCUCAGUGGUCAGGCACCGACGCCGAGAGACAUUCUGAAACUCUACGUAACAAUGGUGAUGUGGGAACAAAGACAUUAAGACAAUUACAAGCUGAAGACGAUGAAGAAGAAAGGUUUCAAGCUGACCUUAAAAGGGCAGUGCGUCAAAGCCUUGACGUGUACCAAGGAGGUAGAAGUAUGGCUUCAUGUUUGAGGACACCUCUGGAAGUAAACAAUGAUGGGGGUUUAUCUGAUGACACAAUUGAGUCUAGGAGCUCAACCGGAGUUGCCAUAUUUGGCACAGGUCUUCAGAAUGAAGUUGGCGAAUACAAUUGCUUUUUGAAUGUUAUCAUACAAUCUCUAUGGAAUCUGGAGCUGUUUCGAGCUGAGUUCUUACAGAGUUCAACACGAGAGCACCAUCACGUGGGAGAUCCUUGUGUUGUCUGCUCUUUGUAUGAAAUUUUUACUGCUUUGAGCGCUGCUUCGAGUGAAACACAAAAUGAACCUGUGGCACCUUCAUCUCUCAGGAUUGCUUUGAGUAAAUUGUAUCCAGAUAGUAGUUUCUUCCAAGAGGCUCAGAUGAACGAUGCUUCAGAAGUACUGGCGGUGAUCUUUGACUGCCUUCAUCGCUCAUUUGCUCAAAGUUCAAGCGUGUCUGAUGUGGAUUCCUCAGACAGCAACUGUACUGGUUCAUGGGACUGUGCCAACCGCACAUGUAUUGCCCAUUCUCUGUUUGGAAUGGAUAUUUUUGAGCAACUGAAUUGCUACAGCUGUGGGCUAGAAUCCAGGCAUAUGAAGUACACUUCCUUUUUCCAUAACAUCAACGCUAGUGCCCUACGCACCAUGAAGGUUACAUGCACUGAGAAUUCAUUUGACGAACUUCUAAAUCUUGUCGAGAUGAACCAUCAACUAGCCUGUGAUUCCGAAACGGGUGGAUGUGGGAAACUCAACCAUAUCCACCAUAUUCUCACUACUCCACCGCAUGUAUUUACUACAGUUUUAGGGUGGCAAAACACAUGUGAGACUGUAGAAGACAUAGCAGCUACUCUUGCAGCCUUGAAUACCGAGAUAGACAUCAGCAUCAUGUACCGUGGUCUGGACCCUAAGAGCACAUAUAGCUUAGUUUCCGUGGUUUGUUAUUAUGGACAGCAUUAUCAUUGUUUUGCACAUAGUCGUGAGCACGAUCAGUGGAUCAUGUACGAUGACAAAACCGUCAAGGUGAUUGGUAGCUGGAGUGAUGUUCUUUCUAUGUGUGAAAGAGGACACUUGCAACCACAGAAGAAGAAAGCCCCCGCGCCGUUGGAUUCGGCUGUGAUCAAGCUCGAAUGCGAGAAGGCACUCAAGUCUUUCGGGCGGGGGAGCUACAACAAGGCGAUUCGUCUGAUAAAGGAUUCAUGCUCUCGUCAUCAAGACUCUGCCCUAAUCCACCGUGUUCAAGGAACUAUCUGCGUCAAGGUUGCUGCUGUCUACGAGGAUCUAGCUACUAAACAGAAGUAUCUCCGUAAUGCAAUUGAAUCUGCUAGAAAAGCUGUGGAAUUGUCUCCGGAUUCGAUUGAGUUUGGGCAUUUUUAUGCCAACUUGCUUUAUGAGGCUGCUAAUGAUGGGAAGAGAGAGUAUGACGAAGUUGUGCAAGAGUGUCAACGUGCUCUCUCCAUCGAAAAUCCGAUUGAUCCUGCUAAAGAGAGUUUGCAGGAUGAGACUCAGUUGAAGAUAUUGACACCUGAGGCUCGUAUUGUUCAUGUGCAGGAUGAGCUCAGGUCACUGAUACAGAAAUCUAACAUUGGUUCAUUGUCUUCUUGGAUGAAUAACCUGGGAAAAGGUGAAGAGAAGUUUCGGUUGAUACCGAUUAGGAGAAUGGCUGAGGAUCCUAUUGAGAGUAACUUGAUUCAGACCAGGAGGCCGAAUGAGAUUAAAAAGGCUAACAAGACUAUUGAAGAGAUAAGAAAGGAGGUUGAAGUUAGGGUAGCUGCUGCUAGGUUGUUGCAGCAGAAGUCAGAAUCUUCCCCGUCGGAGAAUGUAGGAGCUGUUGACAACAAGGGAUCAGAUCCAACAUUAGGUUCAGGGAAGAGAAGCGGAGAGAGGAGAAAGCAUGGAAAUGCAAGGAAAAACGGCUCCACAGCUGAUAGAAGGGAUCGGGUUAGGUCAUACUGGGAUUCUAUGAGCAAAGAAAUGAAGAAACAAUUGCUUAGAGUUAAGGUUAGUGAUCUUAAGAGUCACUUUAGUGCUUCAAAGGAUGGGAAUGCAAAUGAGAUUAUAAGUGAAGCUCUGUCCUUUUGUGAGGCCAAUAAGACUUGGAGGUUCUGGGUUUGCUGCCAGUGUAGUGAAAAGUUCAUAAAGUCUGAGGCUCAUAUGCAUCAUAUUGUGCAGGAGCACAUGGGUAAUGUCUUACCUAAGAUGCAAAUGGUUCUGCCUCAAAGUGUCGACACUGAGAGGAUUGAUAUGCUUCUUACUUCCCCAUGGAAACCAUUGGAUCUCUCUGCUGCGAUGAAAUUGCUUCGCGGUCAGCAGAAAAUCCAAAAUACUGAGUUUGAUGAAUUUCACUCUGGAGAUAAUAUGGAUGACAGUGACGAUUGCUUCACGGAUGCACGGAAUGAUACUUCACCAGAGAAAGAAAGCCUUAGAGACACUUGCAACGGUUGUAAUGAGAAUGAACAAGAAGAGGUUAAGCUGUCGAUCGCAUUUCCUCCUCCUGAUGGAUGGCCUAUAUCUGAUGAUCCUGAACGUGCAAAGCUCCUUGAAAAAAUCCGUGCAGCCUUUGAGCUGCUUAUUAGACACAAAUAUUUAGCUGCCAGCCAUCAUGAUAAGGUGAUACAAUUUACGCUGGAUGAACUUCAGAAUCUAGCUUCGGUUUCACAAUUCUUAAGUCGUAGCUUGAACCAGUCACCCAUAUGCAUCUGCUUUUUGGGAGCUUCCCAGCUCAGGAAAAUUCUCAUAUUCCUGCAAGACUUGACUCAGGCCUGUGGAUUGAAUCGAUAUUCUGAACAAAGUAACACCAAUGAUGAAAUUAAUUUUGGCGACCUGGGUCGUGAAGUUACAGAGGAGAUUCUUCUUGAUGGUGAAGAUUCAUAUCUUCUUUUGGAUGAAAAAGUACUUGGCACUGAGUGCAUCCAAGAGAAAUAUAUGGGCUCAGCAUUUGAUAAUGUAGCUAAAGUAAGUUCUGGAGAUAUUGCUAACGGCAAUAAUGUGUCUUCUGGUGCGGAUGGAUUUCUUUCAUGGAUCUUUGCAGGACCCUCUAGCGGGGAACAAGUUGUGUCAUGGAUGUGCACAAAGGAAGAGAAAACAAAUCAAGGACUGGAGAUCAUGCAGCAUCUUGAGAAGGAGUUCUAUCACUUACAGAACCUCUGCGAGAGAAAAUGCGAGCACUUAAGCUACGAGGGAGCACUGCAGACUGUUGAGGACCUUUGUCUUGAAGAAGGCCGGAAGAGGGAGACUUCAGCAGAGUUUACCCAUGAAAGCUAUGAAUCUGUGCUGAGGAAACGAAGACAAGAGCUAAAUGAGAAUGACCUUGAGUUGGAGUUUAUCAGUAGUAGGUUUGAGUUAGAUGCUAUAACAAAUGUUUUGAAAGAUGCUGAAACCCUCAACCACAAUCAAUUUGGAUAUGGAGAAUCAUAUGGCUGCACGAGUUCUCAGCUACAUGAUCUGGAAUCUGGUGAAGCUGAUGAAUGGGGGAUGAAAGAUUCCUUACAUGAGGCUGACAGUUUCAUAGAGGUUGCGAUCCAAAAACAAAAAGAGCAGCUGUCUGGAGAGCUUAGCAGAAUCGACGCUCAAAUGAUGCGGAAUGUCACUGGGAUGCAGCAAUUAGAGCUAAAGCUUGGACCAGUUUCCUUCAACGAUUAUCAGAUAGUAUUGUUACCUUUGGUGAAGUCCUACAUGCGGGCACAUUUGGAGGCGUUAGCAGAGAAAGAUGCCACUGAGAAGUCUGAUGCUGCAAGAGAAGCGUUACUUGUUGAGCUCGCUCUUGAUUCUAAGAAGGAGGCUCGAGGAAGAAAUGAUAAUUCAAAAAACACGCUGGAAAAGUCCAAGGACAAGAAAAAGAUUAAAGACUCUAGGAAACUGAAGGAUUUGAAGGCUACUAUUGGAAACGACCAUCGCUUCAAUGUUGACUCAAUUGAACACAGCCUCCCUUCGGUUGCAUCUUUUGGUGAUCAUUCAGAGGCUGACGUUGUUUCUGAAGCCGUUGAAGCGUUAAAAGAUGAGGAAGAGAAAUACAGACGCCGUAUCGAGUUAGAGGAAGAGGAGAGGAAGCUUGAAAAAACUCUAGAGUAUCAAAGAAGAAUUGAGAAUGAAGCUAAGGAGAAGCACAUCGCCGAACAAAAAAAGAAAUACAGCUGUUUACAUCCGAUGAAUGUGACAGAGGCAGUGUAUGAUGAUUGCAUAGAAAAAUUCUUUGAUGAUGUAGAUUUACAAGAACAAGAAAAAUCCAUAAAUCAGGAGAAAAGGAAUGGACAACUUGAUGACUUGGAAGGAGCCAAAGUGAAUAUAAAUUGUGUUUUCCCGUCAACAAAUUAUUGUGUGAUAUCUGAUACUGCAAAGGUGCAGGAUGUAAAAUCCCAAGAAGUAGUGCCUAACGGUAUAGCUAUUCAAUCUGGUGUUUUCCAAUCUGAUCAACGCCCUGGGAGGAGGGGUAGACGCCAAAAAGCUUCAAACAAGUUGGUUGAUGGAAAAUAUCAGGUCAUACCUUCUGAGAGCGAGGAUAGUAAAUCUCAGAGGUCAGGCACCGACAGUGAGAGACAAUCUGAAAUUCUACGUAGCAAUGGUGAUGCGGGAAUAAAGACAUUAAGACAAUUACAAGCUGAAGACGAUGAAGAAGAAAGAUUUCAAGCUGACCUUAAAAGGGCAGUGCUUCAAAGCCUUGAUGUGUACCGAGGAGGUAGAAAUAUGACAUCAUGUUUGAGGACAUCUCUGGAAGACAACAAUGAUUGGGUUUUAUCUGAUGUCCCAAAGGAAUCUCAGAGUUCGCCCAGAGUUGCCAUAUUUGGCACAGGUCUUCAGAAUGAAGUUGGCGAAUACAAUUGCUUUUUAAAUGUUAUCAUACAGUCUCUAUGGAAUCUGGGGCUGUUUCGAGCUGAGUUCUUGCGGAGUUCAACACUAGAGCACCAUCACGUUGGAGAUCCUUGUGUUGUCUGCUCAUUGUAUGAGAUUUUUACUGCUUUAAUUGCUGCUACGAGUGAAACACGAAAAGAACCUGUGGCUCCUUCAUCUCUCAGGAUUGCUUUGAGUAACUUGUAUCCAGAUAGCAGUUUCUUCCAAGAGGCUCAGAUGAAUGAUGCUUCAGAAGUAUUGGCCGUAAUCUUCGACUGCCUUCAUCGCUCAUUUGCUCAAAGUUCAAGCGUGUCUGACACAGAAUCUGCUGAGAGCAACAGUACGGGUUCAUGGGACUGUGCCAAUCGCUCAUGUAUUGCCCAUUCUCUGUUUGGAAUGGAUAUUUUUGAGCAAUUGAAUUGCUACAGCUGUGGGCUGGAGUCCAGGCAUUUGAAGUACACUUCCUUUUUCCAUAACAUCAAUGCUAGUGCCCUACGCACCAUGAAGGUUACAUGCGCUGAAAAUUCAUUUGAUGAACUUCUAAAUCUUGUCGAGAUGAACCAUCAACUAGCUUGUGAUCCCGAAGCUGGUGGUUGUGGGAAACCCAACCAUAUCCACCACAUUCUCACCACUCCACCACAUGUUUUUACUAUAGUAUUAGGGUGGCAAAACACAUGUGAGACUGUAGAAGACAUAGCAGCUACCCUUGCAGCCUUGAAUACCGAGAUAGAUAUCAGCAUCAUGUACCAUGGUCUGGACCCUAAGAGCACAUAUAGCUUAGUUUCCGUGGUUUGUUAUUAUGGACAGCAUUAUCAUUGUUUUGCACAUAGUCAUGAGCACGAUCGGUGGAUCAUGUACGAUGACCAAACAGUCAAGGUUAUCGGUAGCUGGAGUGAUGUACUUUCUAUGUGUGAGAGAGGACAUUUGCAACCACAGAGAGGAAGGAAUGUGAUUUUUACUCAUCUCAGUAGUUCAAAGAGGAUGGGGAAGAAGAUUUUGUCUUUAAGCUUAAGCAAUAGUGUUUUCAUUGGAAGAGGCGGCACGAGUGGAGCUUGUGCCGCGUGCAAGUACCAACGUAGACGAUGCGCCGCGGAUUGCCCCCUCGCGCCUUACUUCCCAGCCGAACAACCGAAACUCUUCCAAAACGUUCACAGGCUAUUCGGCGUAAGAAGCAUCGUCAAGAUCCUCGAAAAACUCGACGAAACUCAGAAACCAGAAGCCAUGAAAUCAAUCAUCUUCCAGUCUUAUGUCCGUGACCGUUCUCCUGUAUACGGUUGCCUCGGCGUGACUCAACAGCUUCAAUACAUGAUCUGGCUUGCUGAAGAAGAACUCAAAGCUAUGAUUCAUGAGCUCGGCGGUGAUAAUAAGCAGCAAGAAGAUGUUACAUCGCAGCAGCUUGAUUUGGGAAUGGGACUUAACGUUAACAAUAAUCAGAGCAAUAUUGUUACACCAUUCUUUAGUCCAUUAUUACCAGUAUCUGAAACACAGCAGCCUCAAAUGUCUUACACUUAUAGCUGCAGUGAGGUUAACAACAAUGGCUAUAGUCCUCCUGCUUACAAUACAGAUUCGGGCAAGGAGAUUCUGACCAAUAACAAUAAUGUUUGGGGUGGUCAGAAACGAUUUCUGUAUAACGUCAACAAUGGAGGAUUUAGCAACCAAAACGAGAGCUGUCACGAGAUGAAGAGUAAUAACGGUGUAAUGGCAAUACAAUCACAGCUCGUAAAUCUGCAAAUGGCAUCAAAUCAUCAGCAAGUGGAAGAAGAUGAAGAUGGUCAUGAAUACGAUGAAAUCCAUCAGUUUCUUGAAAUAAUUGACGACAGGCAAUCAUUUGCGGAUUCUAAAGAAGCGUACGCGUCAAGCUCUGGUGGAUCGUUGAAAGAACAGAUUGAUGAAAUUGGAGAGAAUGAAUUGAGAAGUGCAGCUACUUGCUUUAGUCUAACCAAAAUCAAGAAACUGUGUGUGGAUCUUGAGAGACAGAUUAGGAGAAGUUGGUUGGGUUGGAGUGAUAAGCUAGGAGGCACGUGAAUAAGCAAAGACAAGCAUAGAAGGCAUGUGAAACAGAGUUAAAACAGAGCAAGAAGAAACAGAUUGUGUAACCGCUUGAGAGUCUAGUGAGUUGUAUAUAAAUAGAGAUAGAAGAGUAUUGAAGAAGUUAUGCAUGUAUUGAUGUGUGUGUAACAAACGUAUGUUUUUUUA